AUGAAAGAAAUGAAUGAUAAUUCUUAGAUAGUUGAUGGUAAGCGAAAACGUGUAAUGUCUGCAAAUGGAGUGAUGUAUGUUGUAACAAAGGAACUAAUACGGGAAUAGAAAACUUCAGUUCCUUAAGUUUAAAAGACAUCAGUUAAGAAACAAGAAAAAAGCAGGAAGGUCAUAGAAAAGCAAUAAUGCAAGAAUGAUAAAAGAGUAAGAAUAACUAAAUCAGCCUUGAAAGAAUUGAUAAAUAAUCAUUUUAUAGUAGUAGAUGAUAAUGAAGAGGCAAUGAUCCAAAGCAGCAAGUAUUUAUUAUACGAUUUUAAUAGAUAAUUUUAGAACUCACUGGUUGGAAAUAAAAAAAGACAUAGUUCAUCAUCAGAUUCUCAAUUUGAAUCUUCAUCAUCAUCUAGGUACAUAUCCAUUCAUAUUAUUUUAAGUUUUUGA